CCUUAAUUAAGUAAGUCAACCUUUGGGAUUGGAUUCACAAUACUACAACAACAACAACAACAAUUCGUCCUACAGUACUUGGAAAAAUAAAAACAAAUCUCAACCGUUGAUUCACACAGACGAUUCUCAUCAUCAUCAGUUCUCUCUCUCUCUCGUCUCCGCAGCAGCUAGCCGGAUCUCCGUUGUCUUCUUCCUCUGGGCCUCCGUUUACUUGAACCCCCUUUUUUUCUUUUGGUUUCGUUUUCGUCUCUAGUCAAAGCGAUCGCCUACUAUUCCCCUCUUAUCCAAUUAAUCUUUAGGGUUUCCUCGUACACGAUGAUAUAUAUGUAUGAGCUAAAUACGAUUUGAUUUCCUCUGUUUUUUCCCAUCCUCCUCCUCCUCCUCCGUUGCAGGCCUUGAUGGAAACGCCCGGCUCCAAUCAUGACUCCUUCAGGGGUUCUUCUCCCCGUAGAAACUCCAUCCUCUCUGCUUCUAACAUCAUCCAGGCCCCCAUCUCAACCUUGUUAGAGUAUUCGGGUCUCUUUCGAACAAGGCCAAGUCUUCCUCCUAGUCAUGAGGCUGAAACGCUCGUUCCUGAUGAUUCUGCAGCAGCAGGUAUCUCCUCUGGGGAGGUUGCCAUUAGGAUCAUUGGCAACGCCGAGCACGAUGCUGCUCAAACUGAUAACAACAAUGCUCUUAUUAGGGAUUCCGCUGCUGGACAGUCUGAAGCUUUGGGUUCUGCUUCUUCUCAGGUUGAUCCCUUGGCUGCUCCUCCUCCUCAAGGUGGUGCCUCUCAGCCCGAAUCUGCCCCUGGAGACGCCGCAACCCGGGAUUCUCCUUACCAAAGAUAUGAUAUUCAGCAGGCUGCUCGCUGGAUUGAGCAAAUUCUUCCCUUUUCUUUGCUUCUGUUGGUUGUUUUUAUCCGCCAGCAUUUGCAGGGCUUCUUUGUUGCUAUUUGGAUUGCUGCUGUCAUGUUCAAGUCUAAUGAUAUUCUCAAGAAGCAAACUGCGUUGAAGGGUGAGAGGCAUAUUUCGGCAUUAAUUGGAAUCUCUGUAGCGUUUUCGGCCCAUGUUGUUGGUGUUUAUUGGUGGUUUCGGAAGGAUGACCUCUUGUAUCCCUUAAUCAUGCUGCCUCCAAAAUCCAUACCACCUUUCUGGCAUGCCAUUUUUAUCAUAGUGGUGAAUGAUACACUUGUCCGGCAAGCCUCUAUGAUUUUCAAGUGUUUUCUCUUGAUGUACUACAAGAACAGUAGGGGUCGAAAUUAUCGUAAACAGGGCCAAUUGCUAACUUUGGUUGAAUAUUUGAUGCUUCUGUAUCGCUCUUUACUGCCUACCCCUGUAUGGUACCGUUUCUUCUUGAACAAGGAUUAUGGAAGCCUUUUCUCCUCUCUUAUGACGGGAUUGUACCUUACUUUCAAGCUCACUUCAGUAGUUGAGAAGGUUCAAUCCUUCUUUACGGCAUUGAAGGCUUUGUCUCGUAAAGAGGUGCACUACGGAUCGUAUGCAACUACAGAGCAGGUAAAUGCGGCAGGCGACCUGUGUGCCAUCUGCCAGGAAAAGAUGCACACCCCAAUUCUUCUUCGUUGCAAACACUUGUUUUGCGAAGAUUGCGUUUCAGAGUGGUUUGAGAGAGAGAGGACGUGUCCUCUGUGCAGGGCCUUGGUCAAACCAGCAGAUUUAAAAUCAUUCGGUGAUGGAUCCACCAGCCUCUUCUUCCAGAUUUUCUGAUUAGAACACAUACACGAGGAGUCCAAAGUAAAAAAAAAUACCAUCAAGACUCACUUGCUCACUCGAUAGUUUUCUUAGAGAGUAUUUCUAUACAAUGCCAUUCAAGCUGUGAACGAAAGACACCACUGAUGAUGCCUUGGAAGAUGUUCAUACAAUGUCAUUUGUUAAUAUGAAUGAAAUCACCUUUUAUAUA